AUGGCGGAAACCGUAUUCUGUCAUGCACUCUUCUCGAAGUUACGAGAGGAAUCUAUUGAUUUGGAUGAGCUUGGCAUGAUGGUGUCAGGUGCACGAGGAGGUCAAGGAAAUCCCAUUGCUAACGAUGUGAAGUUGCAAGCGUCUCAGGAGUUGGCCGCAAAGGUUGUUGAGUUCAUGCUAGGUCUGUAUCCACAAGAAACCUCGGAUCCAAAAGUUGCUGUAUUGGAAGGACAGAUACAUGUUCUGCAACAACAGCUUGCCCGAUUUGAGAAAAGUCCUGCACCGUUGAGCGCCCGUGAACCGACAUCUGCGGAGAGUGGUGCACCAUCCCCAGCGCCAACCAGCAACGGACAGCCGGGGCUGCCCAUUAAUGUGGACUCACCUCCACCUCCGCCCCGCGAUGAUGAUCCCUUGGCUACUAAGGCUCCGGACGGAUCGACCAAGCUUCUCAAACCCGAGGCAAAGGGGCAAUUGUUUCAAGCCUUUGAAAAAGGCAAGGCAUCAGACUUGAGCACCAAUAAGCCACCCGAGAAGGACAAUCAGGCUAAUCCAGCGUCUUCGUCAGGAUUACCAACUAAGUUGGAGUAUGAGACUGCAUCACAUGUCGCCUCGGUUGUGAAUUUCCCGGGUGAAAGCAAGAAGUCCUUCAUGACGCGAACGUGGAAGUCUUGUCGGAACGAUCGUGAGGUGACCAGUUGGAUUGAGUCCGUGACGCUAUCCAAAGCUAACAGACAGAAGUUGAUCACGUGGUCGGCCGGGCGCCGCGUCCUAGCUGCACGCGCGCGCGGCGUCCAAGCUGCACGCGCGCGCCGCGUCCAAGCUGCACGCGCGCAGCCGUUUUCGUCGGCCCGCGCGGCACUUCGUGCAUCUCGG